CGGCCCGCGCUCUCAAAUCCGCGUCCCCGGCGCCUCCCACGCGGUCAUGGCUGAGCUCGAGCUGUCGGAGCUGCAGCUGGUGGCCCAGCGGAUCCGCAGCUUCCCCGACUUCCCCACGCCGGGCGUGCUGUUCAGGGACGUGUCGCCGCUGCUGAAGGACCCCGCCGCCUUCCGCGCCUCCAUCCACCUCCUGGCGCGGCACCUGCGGGCGGCGCAUGGCGGCCGCAUCGACUACGUGGCGGGCCUGGACUCGCGAGGCUUCCUGUUCGGGCCGAGCCUGGCGCAGGAGCUGGGCCUGGGCUUCGUGCUCAUCCGCAAGAGCGGGAAGCUGCCGGGCCCCACCGUGAGGGCCUUGUACUCGCUGGAGUACGGGAAGGCGGAGCUGGAGAUGCAGGCAGACGCCCUGGAGCCGGGGAAGAAGGUGGUGGUCGUGGACGACCUGCUGGCCACUGGCGGAACCAUGCGAGCCGCCUGUGAGCUGCUGGGCCGGCUGCGGGCGGAGGUGCUGGAGUGCGUGAGCUUGGUGGAGCUGAGCUCCCUGCGAGGCCGCGAGAGGCUGGGGCCGGUGCCCUUCUUCUCCCUCCUGCAGUACGAGUGACCACGUGGCCUCCCGGCCCCUCUUCAGCCAGGAAGGUGUCAGCCUCAGGCGACCAAAGUGACCUUUGCUGGGCAUCAGGGCCACUGGCUGCCAAGUGAUACCCCAGUGCCUAGGGGCCCUCCUGGAAGUGCCAAAGCCUGGAGCAGGCGGCCUGGGGCAGAGCCCUGUGUGCUGCCCACGUCCAGUUAAAAACUCAGGAAGAGGGUUGGGUGCGGUGGCUCACGCCUGUAAUCCUAGCACUCUGGGAGGCCGAGGCGGGUGGAUUGUUUGAGGUCAGUUCGAG